AUGCUGGGGAAAGUUGUCUUUCGUCAUUUGUCAUCAUUGGCUGAGCCAUUGCCCAGAGUGACACAAGGCAGAUAUCCUGUACCAAAUGAUUCCAGGUUCAAACAGCUGAUGGAGAAACAAACCCGGUUCUGUAGAGACGAUGGUCUGCUUGUCUGGCAGAAGGCAGGAGCAGAUGUUACCAUCUACAGGUUUGCUGUCAUUGGUUCAGCUGUUGCUACCAUCUCCUCCAUCUACGGCUUAUGGAGACUGAUCAGUCCACCCCAGAAUGCUUAA